AUGAAUCAGCCCGCAGAAUCCAGCCCUCUCGAGGCUCACUGGCCUGGACCAAUCGGUCCAGACGAGGCUGUUGUGCCCCUCUGGCCUACCAUAAGGCCUCAAAUUUUCGAUUCGAUUUCUGGACUCCAGUGGUUCACGAUAUCAGUGGUUAGCUGGGGCACAAAUUCCAACAAGAGUGAAAAUCCGACCACAAUCUUGAUCGGAGCUCCAAGAAACACGGAAAAGGCUUGGGAGACACUGACCGGGAAGAUUGAAGCGAUUUUAGAUCAUGUUGGUUUAGAUGGCAUUGGAGUCACUAUAAUCCCCGCCAAACAUCCGUUCUCUGCAUUAGAUGAUCCAGCGGAAAAUAUCCUCUCAACAUCCGCUUUUCAGUCCGAUAUCGAACCGGGUUCCAGUCUUGCACCAAAGGGCGUCGAUACAUCUGCAACUGCGGGCGGAUGUAUAAGACUACGAAACCAGGAUAGCCGUACCGAAGAUAUGAUCAUGAGUGUCUUCCACUGUUACAGAACAGUUAUAGGUACCGAGCACGAAUUGAAUGGUCUUCGAUUAGACCAGGCCUCUCAAAUUGAGACCGUGAUUCCGUCCGAUCAAGACCGUACACAGAAGCUGCAAUCAAUUCAGAUCACGCUUCAAACUGCGAUCGCUCCUCUCCAAAAUCUACAGGAAAGGUUUGAGUGGACCGGCGACCUACGCCUCCAGAAAUGGAUCGAUGACUGGACACGCGAAAUCGAAGAACAAGAGGCACAAAAGAGAAUCAUAAAUGAAUUUGACUCACGUGUUGGGUCCCUCCGGGCUUGUUCUGGCUUUCAAAUACAAAAUUUGCACGACUGGUCUUUAUCGGCAGUAACUAAUCGCUGUUCGAAGCUGAAUACUCUCCCUCCUCCGACUGACCCUCAACUCGUCCCUCCUACAACUAACGACGAUCUGGACUCCUCUACAAAGCGCUAUUACCAGCCAGUUGAUGGUGAGAUCAAAUCCUGGUCCGCGAGAGGUCCUAAAUUCGGCGACAGAGUCUUCAAAAGAGGGCGCACGACAGGAGUUACGACAGGUAUAAUCAGUCAUCUCAAGACAGAUAUUGUAUUGUCCAAUUCUCAGGGCCAGAAGAUUAUUUUUACUGGGUGGGAAAUUACCCCUGAACCUCGUCCUCAACCUGCUCGUCCUCAACCUGCCGGUAGGGACCAGUCCUUCGUCCAAGCUAGCGAUUCGGGCGCAUGGGUACUAGAUAUGGAUGGAAACUGGCGUGGGAUGGUAUUUGCUCGGCUCUCAUCCGGAAGUGGUGUUAUGGAGGAUGUUGAGGUUAUCAAACAGGAUAUCGAACGCAUGACGGGCUGUAACGUAGAACUGCCUUGA